GUAGUCUGUGUUGAAUGUCAAAGUCAAAUACGUGACAGUUGACACGAGAGUCGAACGAAACGUCAGUUUGUAAAAUCUCGCGUCAAAAUAUUUUGAUUUCUUUUAAAAUUUCGAGAUGCCGCCCAAAAAGGACACUAAGUCUUCGGCGAAACAACCCCAAAAGACACAAAAGAAAAAGGAGGGGUCCGGUGGUGGCAAAGCUAAAAAGAAGAAAUGGUCCAAAGGAAAAGUUCGUGACAAACUUAACAAUCAAGUAUUGUUUGACAAGGCCACAUAUGAUAAGCUGUACAAGGAGGUGCCGCAGUACAAGUUAAUCACACCUGCCGUUGUCUCUGAAAGGUUGAAGGUCCGGGGGUCCCUUGCGAGGAGAGCGCUCAUUGAACUUAGAGACAAAGGAUUAAUCAAGCAAAUAGUACAACAUCACGGCCAAGUAAUAUAUACAAGAGCUACCAAGGGUGAUGAACCUGCCGCUUAGUAUUAUGUAUAAGUUUUAAAUUAAACAAAAAACAAAA